UCGGCUCGCAUUUAAGGGAGGCUCAGCAAAAGUUACACAGAAACGGUUAUACACAACCGUUCGAUCUUUUUUUUUCAGAUUGUAAAACGAAAUCUGACUAUAAACUAAAAUAUAAAUCGUAACCAUUAUCUUUUGGAAAGUUAGUUAGACCCUGUUAAGAGUAACUUAAGCCUGUUCUGGUGAGAUAAGAUAAAGUAUAACAAACAAUAUGGGAAUUUUAGGUUGGGGAUUUAGAGCUACCCUUAAAGUUCAUCAAUCAGAUGAUGAAAAAUCAAUCCAAUUGAAGACGAAAGAUCAUGAAAGUUUAACCUUCAGUCAAUUCAUAAAGAAUAAUUUACCCAUUGUUGACCCAUCUAAGAAACUUUGGUUAAGUCCAUGGUUGUUCAAUGGGGCUUUACAAACUUUAUAUUAUACUAGUGCUGAUACUUCCAAGAAAUUUUUAAUUUAUUAUGGAAGAGAAUUAUUCACUUAUAAAGAUGGAGGUAUUUGUUCAUUGGAUUGGGUUAUCCCCCCUCCUGAAGAUAAAGAAGAAUUCAAACGUAUCUAUAAAGAAACUUUACCUGAGGGAUUCCCUCGAUUACAUCCUAGAACCAGAUAUUUCACCAAGGAUGAAUUAGAAAGUAAACAAGCAAUUAAUCAAGAUCAAGAUUCAACCAAACCUAUUGUGGUGAUUGUUCAUGGAUUAGCCGGUGGUAGUCAUGAACCAUUGAUUCGUAAUUUAGCUGAAUCAAUUCAUGAUAAGACUAGUGGUGGAUGGGAUACUAUGGUGAUAAAUUCAAGAGGUUGUUGUAGAACUAAAAUCACUACUGAAAAGUUAUUUUCAGCAUUAUCUAUUGGAGAUGUUAAAGAAGUUUUAGUUGAAAUUAAGAAAAGAUAUCCUACUAGACCAAUCUAUGCAGUUGGGUUUUCAUUUGGAUGUGUUUUAUUGGCUAAUUUAAUGGGUUCAACUGAAAAGGAAGAAAGUGAUGAUGAUUUAAUUAAAGCAUGUUCUUUAAUUGGAUGUCCUUGGGAUUUAGUUGAUAGUGGACAUCAUUUAGAAAGUAGUUGGUCUGGGGCUUACUUAUUCAGUCCUGCUUUAUCUCAAUUUUUAGGUAAAAUUGUGAAGAACAAUUAUAAAGAUUUGAAUAGUCAUAAUUCGUCAUUAUUUAAUGAAGAUUCACUUAAGCAAUGUCUUGCUAUUAAGAAACUUUAUCAAUUUGAUGAUUUAUUUACAUGUAAGACUAUUGGAUUAGCUAAUGCCUUUGAAUAUUAUAAAGCUGGUUCACCAAAACAAAGAAUGGGAAAUAUUAAAACACCAACUUUAAUAGUCAAUGCAACUGAUGAUCCAGCAGUUGGAAUCAAAUUACCAAUCAAGGAAGUAGAAGCCAAUCCAUAUUUGGCAAUGGUUGAAAGUGAUUUAGGUGGUCAUUUAGGUUUUGUUCAAUCUUCAGGUAAAUUCUGGUGUGUGGAAGUAGUUGAACAAUUCUUUGCCAACUUUGAUACAAUCGUUCAAUAGAUACGAGAGACUGUGUGUGCCAAAGUGAGAAGAUUAGAUCGGAGUUAGAGUUAUAGAUAUUAAUAGACUUAUGUAUAUAUGUUUACACAUUGAGUUGAAGACCCUUAUAUAAUAAAUAUAAAAUUAUGAUUUACCAGAAACAAGUAAUCUUCCCGAACUCACCGCUAAACCUUUCAAUUAGUCAGUAAAUACCUUAUCUGCCUUCCUAUCCUUCCAUAUCUUCAAUGAAAGGUCGAGGCAGGACUAUCUGGAUAAAUCGUCCCUAAAUAAAGGUCACCUCUAUUGUGGUAGGGCUGAAACAGGCCAUUUUUUGCGCAAAAUCAUGAUACUUUUUUUUAAGCUUCGGCAUUUCGGUACCGAAAUAUUUUUUCUGCUCUGUUGCAUUGUUAAGCAGCCAAAAAGGUCAGCAGCAGCUGAUUCACAGUCAUCUUUAAAGUGGUUUACCUUCUUCAUAUAAUUACGAAAGAACAGCUGGUGGGAUUAAACUGU